AUGGGUUUACUCGACUCCUUCUUCGGCUCUUCCUCUCGCCGCAGCAACCGUGAGUGGUACGGCCGCUCUUCUAAUCACGGCUCCUCCUCAAGACAGGGCUACUCUUCGUACGAGCCAUCUUCCUCCAGCCGUCAGCACUCCAGCAACCCGUACAGCGGAGGCAGCUCACGGCGGUACCGCGAAGGCAUCUCAGAGCCCUACUACAACUACACCCGCGACGACCGUCGCUACUCAUUCGGUCGUCGUGAAGCCAGGAACGAGCAGGUGCACUUCCGCCGACCAGAAGUCGACCAUCGCGACUUCUAUGGCGGUCGAGUACCAGAGACUGCGCGAGCUCAUUACUCGCGUGAUCCGUACAGCAGCAGGCAUCCCAAGCCAUAUCACGCUGAUCCUCACCGCACUGCUCAACGCGAGCAUGAGCGCAACUAUCACUACGGUGUUGGGGGCUACGGCAGCAGCAGUAGGGGUCAUGGCGGUGGCUUCGGCUACCAGGACCGCUCCGCCGCAUCCUAUCUCGAGAUGGAUGGUCGUUACCCUAGAUUCCGCUAG